UUGUGCACGUUGCACGAUUGUAAUAUUUGACACGUCAAGUUUUGUAGAUUUCGAGCGUUGCAAUGCGAGUGUUUUUUACGUUUCUGUUUCGUUAGAUUUAUUAACUGUACCAAACUUCUUAGCCGGGUACAAAUUUUCGACGUGAUAACAAUGCCUAUCGCCAGCAGUAAUACAACAUCAAGUGAUAGAAUAUUCCAAUAAAUUUUUUAGUCGACGUGUCGAUCGAGGUUAGAAACUCUCCGGGCUGGUUAUGCGAUGUAACUGACUUGAAAAAUCAAACAGAUAUGCCGAAAUUUCGUAUGCUUCCGCGUACUUCGCGAAUCGUGGCAUUAUGUUCCGCCGCGAACUUCAUAAACGCGGCGGAUCGAGUUAUAAUGCCCAUAGCGAUCGUUCCUAUGACCGACGAGUUUAAAUGGGAUCUGUAUUGGCAAGGCUGGAUACUUUCUGCCUUUGCCUUUGGUUAUUUUACUAGUCAGAUUAUUGGUGCAAAUACAGCGAGUCGUUUCGGGUGUAAAAUGGUAUUAAUGUUGGCUGUUUUACUGUGGUCUAUUAGCACGGUUAUAACUCCAAUUUUGGCUCAAUCAGUUCUGUUACUCAUUAUUUGUAGGGUGAUUUUGGGACUUGGAGAAGGCUUGGGUCUACCAGUUAUUUUUCACCUGUUUGCACACAGUGUUCCCGUAGAGGAACGAUCUAGAGCGUUUGGAUAUCUCGUAGCCGCUGGCUCUGUUGGACAAGUUGUUGCAUCUGUUUUGUGUCCUCAUUUGUCAUGGCAAACAGGAUUUUAUUUAUUUGGAACAAUUGGUAUUGUAUGGACACUUUUGUGGCUAAUACUGUACCAAGAAACUAAUUCCCAAGAUGAAAUCCCAUUAUUUGUACCUAAGGUAACACAGAAUAGAAGUUUGCGAUGGACUGAAUUCAUUUCACAUUGGCCUUUGUGGGCAUUGUAUAUAGCUCAUUUUGCAAUGAAUUGGAGUAACUAUAUAAUAAUGCAAUGGUUGCCAACUUACCUUGCCAGAAAUCUUUCUGCUAACAAAGAAAGCAUUAGUUUAACAGCAUUUCCAUACAUCGUAAAUUCUCUUGUUGGCAUUGUGGCUGGUCACAGUGCUGACAAUCUUAUACAAAAGAGAUGGCCGAUUCUAUCUGUAAGAAGAUUAAUGACAAAUAUAGGUUUAAUUGGUCCUGGUGCAUUUCUAUUAGCAUUCUGUGCUGUGGACAAUUUACUUGCUGCAGUAAUUUUUGUGUCAAUAUCUAUGGGACUCUGUGCAUGUAAUUCUGCGGGCCACCUCAGUAACCAUGCAGAUAUAGCACCAAAUCACGCGGGGAUCACGUUUGCGGUUUCUAAUACUAUAGCAACGAUACCGGGUAUUCUAUGUGGCCCAUUAACAGCUGAAUUAGUGACCGCGUCACACGGUCGUUGGUUGCCAGUUUUUGUGCUAGCUGCAGCAAUUAAUUUUACAGGGGCCAUUAUAUACCAAAGUCACAGUUCAGCGCUUCCAGUAUUGUGAUAUGUGCUGAGUAAAAUCAAGCUUAUAAAUAUUUACUAUCGGAAUCAACGAAAAAACGUGAUCGACGAAAACUUGUACGGACGUACCUUUUUCAGUCGCCGAAUACGACUUUUAAUGAAAAUUUUAUCCAUUUAUAAGGCACCAGUAUGACGUGACCGUUAUACAUCACACACCGGUUAGUUGAAGAAGACAUAUCAAAGUACUGGACAUGUAUGCUAUGUAAGAAUUUUACAUAUUUUUUGCGUUCAGUUUGCAGUUUACGUCAACGUGACGCGGAUCAUAUGUUAGAAUAGUGCCAUAAUUUUAUGCACACGGUGGAAUUGGUUGAAAAACAUUCUUACCGAUAUACUUGUAAAAUAUAUUAGCCUAAUUAAUUAUUCUUUUUCAUUUGUAUAUGUUUUAAUAAUAGUUAAGAAUCUUGUGAUAUAUAUUCUAACAUAUAAAUAAAUAAAUUCUCAUUUUUUAAUAUA